AAAGGUCCAUAAUUUCAGCAAAAAAAGAUCCAAUAUUUAUGGCCUUCAAGGGGGGAAUACUAAUAGUAGAAGAUGGACCCAAAAAUCAUUAUCAACAAACACAGAAGGAAUUGCGAAGAACAUCUUAAGCAGAAAAACAACCAAUAUUGGCCAACAAAUAACCGAUGUAACAAGUUUUACACACACCAAUUUGAAUACAACUAAAAUAGAAAUCAAUGAAUCUAAAAGCAUUCAUCUUGAACAAAAGAUCUCAGAGAACAAAGAUCUAUCAAAGCUGGUUACUAUUUUUGUGUUUGAUAUUGAGACAACUGGUUUUAGCAGAGAGAAUGAACGUAUCAUUGAGAUUGCAUUGCAGGAUCUUAGUGGUGGAGUAAAUAGUACAUUUGAGACACUCGUAAAUCCUGAUAAAAUUGUCACAAAUCCACAUAUCCAUGGGAUUUCAACCUAUAUGGUCAAUAGACCCGGUAUCCCAAGGAUGAAAGAUUUGAUACCCAUUUUGAUAGAUUAUGUGGAAAGCCGUCAAAAACCCGGGGGUCAAACAUUAUUUAUUGCUCAUAAUGGGAAAGCAUUUGAUGUCCCUUUUUUAAUCAGUGAAUUCAACCGUUGUUCUUUUGAAAUCCCACCAGAUUGGGAGUUUGCGGAUACAAUGACUCUUGCUCGUGAAAUCAUGAAAGUUGAAGGAUCAAAGCUUUCUUCAAAAUCACUUCAAGCACUUAGAGAGUAUUAUGGAAUCCCGGUUAUUGGGAAAGCUCACAGAGCCAUGGCAGAUGUAAAUGUGUUGGCGUUGGUUUUACAGAGGAUGACUUGUGACUUGAAACUAACGGUUUCUGGUCUUCUUGAAAAUUAUGCAUUCACAGCUUCUGAAUUGAGCAAUAAUUCAAAGAAGAAGAAGAAUUCAAGAUGAAGAUUAAAGACCAUGUUGUAGUUUUGUUGUCAGUUGUCAUAGAUUUUUAUAGUAAUGUUGUAUUUGGGAUUCUGUUUAGUUAACAAUUAGAAGCAGAUUUGGUCAUAAUUUAUUCACCUUUUGGUCUUUUGAACACUAUAUCUCAUUUUUAUUGUUCCUAGCUUCUUGUUAAGACUUGAGAACUGAAAAGCUAAGAUCUUGUUCUUUUUUGUUAGGG